UCAAGAGAUCCCGGGUUGCGGUAGAGUCCUGACAGAAACGUCCGUUUUCAUCCAACGACGAAGUUAGCAUCUAUAAAAAAAAACCGCCACAUCAAACCUGUAGCAUUCGGACGUCACAACUCUACCAUUGUUCGACCCCAAACACCCCGUCGAAAAGGCUCCCAAUAAAAUGCUUCUCCUCGGCCUAAUCCCUCUUCUCCUCUGCCUGCCCUCCCUGGGAUUUGGAACAGCAACCACCACGUCCUCAACACCAAUAAAACCAUGGGAAAUCUCCCACCUCUCAACAUUCUCCCCCUCCGGCCGCCCAGACUCCUCGCCCUGGGCCGUGGUGAACCUCACGAUCUCAGACCCCAACGACACCAGCGUCUCCCCGGCAACCUGUGUCAGACAAUGGAACUUCGGCAACGAAACACCUUACGACAAGGUCAUAGCCUGCUCUGAGGUCCCCGGGGGCAAGUGGACCUUUGUGAUGCUCGAGGCGGACGGGGCGGACGGGGUGACGCCGAGCCCGAUUACCAAUUUUGGAGUGAGGUUUGAACUGGAGAAGAAGAAGAAGAAGAAGGAUGGAGGUGAGAAAUGGGUGGGUGACGCGAAGUUUGUGGUUGGGGAGAAUAUGAGUGGGCUUUGUGCGGCGAGCGGGUUUUGUUCGUUUGGGCUGAAGGAGGAGCUGGCGCCGUUUGCUGUGAGGCAGGUUCAGGUUCGUUGAUGGUGGCAGGAGUCAAGAAGAAAUGGGAGGGUCGGAAGCUUGGGAGGCUUUGUGAUGCAGUGUCGUCGUGUUGUUUGUGUCUUCAGGGGUUACCGAGUUCAGAGGUUGGUCAAUCUUGAACACAGGGAGCUUCUUUGUAUUCCACAUUACUUAACCAUGAUUACCUUAUGUUAAAAAACUGUGGAUUGACAAGCGUGCAAUAGCGUCAUCGCAGUCUCUGUAGCCAAGCAGGGCCGCCACGGCCACAUC